AUGCGUCCCUCAUUCUGGGCGGUUGCCAUGUUCAUCUUGACAUUCGCAUAUCUCUCUUCGGCACACAUGAUGAUGUCUGAUCCACCACCCUUGAAGGCAAAGAUCAACCCAAAUACCGCCGAAGGAAAUAUCGACUACAGCUACACAAACCCACUCUCGUCUAGCGGAUCCGAUUACCCUUGCAAGGGCCACUUGAGCGUAUUGGGCACCUCGGAAGCAGCACCUGUCGAUACCUGGAACACUGGCGAGGACCACACGAUCACUCUUUCAGGCCAUACCACCCACAACGGCGGUUCGUGCCAGGUUUCCAUUUCUGUUGAUGGCGGCAACACCUUCAAAGUUCUCCGAAGCAUUAUUGGUGGCUGCCCCGCCGGGGAUGGCUACCAGAUUUCAUUCACACUGCCGGACGAUACUCCUUCAUCCGAUCAAGCCAUCUUGGCCUGGUCAUGGUUCAACAAUCUGGGCAACAGAGAGAUGUAUAUGAAUUGUGCUGUCAUCAAAAUUGGGAACGGCGGCAGCGGCAACAACUUUCGAGCCCAACCAGACAUCUUUCGCGCCAAUGUUGGCAACGGAUGCAGAACCGUCGACAACGCAGACGUGAUGAUCCCAAAUCCCGGAUCCAACGUCGAGUUUGUCAGCUCCAACGCAGUUCCGCCGACGGGCGAUUGCGAAUCUGGCCCUGGUGCUCAAGCACCGGGAGGAUCUGACUCUAACUCUGGCUCUGGCUCAGGCUCAGGCUCAGGAUGUGGUUCUGGGCAGGUUUCUGGGGUUGGUGAAGAUGGGAAUGGUGAGGACGAGAAGCUGUACAAACCUGGCAACGAUUGGCCACAGGGGUUCAAUUGCAACAACGGGAGGACAGUUGCAGUGGGCCUUCGGCAAGCAGUUCUCUUAUUUGGGGGUCUGAUCGUCGCCCUGGGCCUGCAUACAGCGCUACGACUGUUAGGGGCUUAG